UACUAUCUUUUCCAUUGUGCAAUUGAAAGUUUGCAGGAAGAAUCCACAGCCUGCCAAUCUGAUCUAAAUUGGCUCUAGAUAUCUAGGUAUCUAUCUACUCUAGAUUAAACAAGCAGUCAUCAAUGAACUGUUGUUAAUUCUUUCAAUAUGGGCUAUGACUGUGGAAAUGUUGUAGAAGCCCUUAGAGACUGUCUCUCUCUACCCACAAUAGAAGCCCCUGCAUUCUGUGUAGAGCUACAAAAACAGGAAGAUGUUUCAAGGCAAAUUUAUCCGUCUCUCUUUAAUCAUAAUUAUGUACACACUGAGCAAUACAAACAUUCUCCUGGUGUCCAUAUGGCACUGGUAGUAAGCUUCAAAAGCAAACUACAAAGUUUGGAGGUUCUUUUAAUGUUGCUAAUACUUGCUGGAGAUGUCGAGACUAACCCUGGCCCUGUUCGCAAGCUCACACCAUUGAAUCUAUUUGUCGAAUUGCUCGAGUUGACUGAUCCCAUUCCUUUCGGUAAAGAACUGGGUAUUCCUCCGCUGGAAUUAGACAGAAUUCAGCGUAAGCAUGAAGAUAUAAACGAACAGAAAAGGGUUCUAUGUCAGUACAUUGUAACUAACUGUGAGCUAUACGGAAUUGGCUGGGAGAAAAUUGCUGAUGCUUUCACAGGCAUUUCAAUGGAACAUUUGGCAGUGAAAAUCAGAGAGAAUUAUUGUCAACAAGAUCGUUCCUCUUCUGAUUCAUCUACCGAGUAUCUCUCAGCGGAGGAAGAGCUCCCACAAACUGUACCAUUGUCUUGUCAGCCAUUACCAGAACAACUGCCUGUAGGGAAAGAUAGCGGAGAAUCUGUACCUCUUGUAACAGUGAAUGAUGGUGGUUCUAAGAGGCAGAAACAAAAGACGUCUGGUGCUUCUGUGUCCACAACCAUGGAUACAUCCCGACUGUCCUCGUCACAUAUGCAAGGGCUUAUGGAUAGACACCGUUUAACCAAAAAUCAACUCAAUUCUGAAAUAAAAGAUGACGAUAUCACCUUCUUGGCUAAACAUUUUGACAAGAUUGAAUUAUAUCUCAAUCUAAUGAACCUAACUCCAGCUGAAAAAGAUGAUGUGAAAACCACUUUGCAUUUAAACGGCAGUCAAAUGGCGAUGAUCAAGUGCUUAUCUCUGUGGAAAGGACAUGAUUCUUUUAAAGCGACAUACGCAGCUCUACUGGAAAAAUUACUCAGGCUUGAGAAAGAAGAGAUAGCUAAUAAUGUAUGUCGGUACUUGGCUGAAAAAAAUGAAAACAGUGGAGCGUUUACCCGAGAAUCAUUAUCAUCAGAUGUUAGUGAUUCAAGUGAAUCGUUUACAUCUAGUAUUCAUUCAGUUUCAUCAUUGGGAUUGCAACAAGUACCUCGCUUGCAAUUUGAGUGUGGGUGUGGGCAAUGCACUGUGUAUGGUUUCAUUACUGGAGAAACCUGCCCCAAUCCCAAAGCUUAUCCAUUUCCUAAGUUAGAAAUCUACGGAAUUCCUUCUGACGAUAUUGAUUACAUUGAAAUGGAGUUGCUUCACCAAUCGACAAAACUGCAUGGAAGUUUUUGCGAGUUAGUGUUGGACACAUUUAGUGAACUAGAGAAGUCUGUAGACAUACAGAAAUUAAUUGUGUAUUUAAAGAUACUUCUAAAGCCUAAGUGGUAUUUCCCAUCGACCAGCUCACAAGUUUUAGAUUGCUUGGAUGAUCUCGAGAGUUUUGAUGAUAUUGCAGUCUAUUUGACGAAACAGCAAUACUGUUCAUGGUUUGAUUAUGAAUUGAUUGAACAACUCCGAAAUAAAUAUCUCUUCCCUACAAUAACCAGCAGUGAUUCAGUUCUGGAUGACUACAAAGCAAAAUUUAAAACGUAUGUCAGUCAGCGUUGCUUUAUCUUCCUACACGACGAGGGUCCUUGGCCAAAACACCAAGUUAAAGUGAAGUGCAAAGUAGACUCUGAGUAUGAUCAGCUCUCACACAACGUGAUCAAACAUAUGAAGUAUGUAUUCGCAAAAAUUCUCGGCUCACCAAACUACCAUCUAUGUUUCAAACAAGCAAGAGAAGGCUGUACUGAGCUUGUAUUCGGAGCACCUCCUUACUUUGGGGAAAUUAGUCAACUGUCAAAGUAUCAGAAGUCUCAGCUCAAGGCCCAUGGCUUCCUAAAAGUUACUAUAAGGGAGCAAAAUCUACUCGAAUUUGACUUAGAAGAAGUUAGACUAAAAGAUACAGGUUCUGUGUCUAAUCUCGGUAAUAGUGAGCUGGCUGAGAUCAGAAGUACGUGUAGUGAAGCGGAUAAUGAGACAAGUGAUGGAAUGGAAGCAGACAUUGAUACCACGGAUCUUGAACACACGUCUACAGACCCUGGAUCUAAAGUGGAAGUAACUUACAAUCAAAUUCUCAACACUAUAUUUUGUGAAAGUAAACUUGAACUACAAGAGGAAAUGGACCUUGACGUGUCUCCAUGCUCGCUCUGGAAGGCUCUUCACAAUGGGCAGCAAUGUAUGGCAUUAAAAUACAAUGGCGAGGACGAUGUUCUGAAAUUCAGUAAAUACAUUGAAGAUCUACAACGGAGUAAUCCCAAUGUAAUGCCAGCAAAAUGUGUUCAUUUUGAUACUAAACUCUCUUCCCCCCCUAUCAUCCUGUUUGAAGUUCAGCAACCAUUAAAAGAGUAUUGCUUUUCUUCUGAGACUUUAUCUGAAAUACAACAGCUGUCAUUGUUAUUGAAUGCUACUAUUAGUGUUCUUGGGUUCUCACCUAAUAUUAAGCUUCAAAUGACUACAGAAUCUCUAUUUGUACAUACAACUAGUACAGAUGACGCAAAAGCAAUGUUUUUACCUAUGUAUGAGCAUUCGUACUUCCAUCAAUUGGAAACCAUGACCCAACCUGAGUUACCUAGUCUAAAUUGGCUCAAAGAUACUCUUCUUUUGAUGGUCCAUCGUAAACAGUAUAGCGACAACUCUGAGCUACCCGAAAACCACAUUCUCUUCAGUAAUUUCAACAACAGGUGGUUCCCAGACGUGAAAUCAGGCUGUCUAAGUAAUACAACAGAUGUUGCUAAACAGCUAUCACGCAUACUAGAUCUGGAGAAAACCCACCUGGAAAUGAAAGCUACUCUUGAACUACCAGAUUCUGAAUAUUUGGAGGUAUCACAUUUGCACAUGAUUCUCAUUGGGCACACUGGAGUGGGAAAGACGUCCAUUAGAAAGCAUCUCCAGAACAUUCCCUUUAAUGAUAAGGAGAAAAGCACAAUCAUAAUGGAGCAAGAGCUUCUAUAUCAAGAAACAUUUGAAACUACAGUGGACUCAAAGAAAAGCACCGUGGUAUUUAAGAAAUACGACAACGUUUAUAAAAGCGACCCAGAUAAUAUUUACCUCACUCUCUGGGACACAGGAGGUCAACCAAUGUUUCAAGAUCUUCUUCCUUGCUUUGCCAAAUUUAGAUCCAUUUAUGGCAUUGUUGUUAGUCUACGUGACCUGUUGGAUAAUUCCAACGCUUCUAUUAGACCUACCUGCCAACUUGAAAGAGAGAGAGAGUCUCCUUACACAUCUACUGAUUACCUAUAUCGAUGUCUUUCCUUUCUAGACUCUACUUCAUUUGAUUUGCAUCUCAGCAACCUCCCAGAUAUGUUGAAGAAGAGAGUAUUCGAAGCAGCUAUUGGAACAACUUUUCCUAAAGUAGCCUUUAUCGGCACUUUCAAAGACCAAAUUAAAGAAAAUGAUAAGCAAGAAUUGGAGCAAAUGUUCUUUCAGUUAAAAGAUGAUGUGAAGUCUCUGCAGAUAGACUUUCUUGAAAAAGUUCUCUCACCUUUAACUUCUACAACCAACUCUACUGUUAUGUUUGAGAUAGAUAACACACGAUCAGGAGCGAAGUAUGAAGAUCCUGGAAUGAAAGCUUUGCGAGAGCAAAUAGUUUCCUGCACAAAGAGUGCCAAAGCAAAAAUACCUAUCAAAUGGAUUGCUUUCAAGAUUGAUCUAGAACGAGAAUCACGCUUACAACAGCCUUACACAGGAAUUGUAACAUUUGAAAAAGCUAGUGAUAUAGCGAAAAAGCACAAAACAGACGUUCAAGCAGCUCUCUGUUAUUUUCACGAACUUGGUAUAUUUAUAUGGUAUCAUGGCAAUAAAAAUCUCCAAGAAUAUGUUAUUGUUGAGCCUAAGAACCUACUUUCCAUUCUUGGAACUAUUCUUGAUCCCCAGGUAUAUAUUGAUCUCCCUGAACAAUGGAAGCAGCUUCAAACACAGGGUAUUCUGAAUGUCCAAGUUGGUGAAAGGUUCCUAGCAGAUAGUAAGACAGGUCUCCCGCUAUCAUGGAUUCUUAGCUUCUUUGAAGAGCACCAUUUAGCAAUGCCUCUACUGGAAGGCUACUUUAUUCCGUCUAUGUUACAAGUGCUUCCCAUUUGUCCUAAUCAUCAGCAUGUGUUUGAUGCAAGCAUUUCGGCCUGUUCUGUAUUACCAGCCGAUUUAAAAGUGGCACCUCUCUUUUUGGUUUCGAAAUCCAAGUUUGUACCACCUGGUUUUUUCCCAAGACUAAUGACUGUACUUUCUGGAAUUAAAGAAGGCAGUAUAAUAUGGAAACUGACACCUAAUUUUAUAAAUUGUAAGAACAUGGUGUCAUUCGAAAUAAAUUGCCAGUUUCAGCUUGUAUUCACGGAAUUUAUUGACUGUGUUCGAGCUCACUUUGACGGACUUACUGAUGACAAUAUUCCCCACCGUGACCUAUGCCUUAAAAUUGUAUCCACUCUUGAUGUGCAGUUGCAAAGAGUUGUCAAUACACAAUCAGUACGCUUAACAUUUGCGUGUUCUUGCUCUGAACAUUCAUCUAGCACCCACUUUCUCAAAUACUUGCCAUUUGCUACGGAUAAUCAUGUACCAUGUGGUGAACAUGCUGGCAAAAAAAUGGAGCUCACUACUUCCCACAAAAUAUGGUUGACUGAUGAACAUCAUCAAAAGAUAACUACUGUGAAAGAUGCUGAGGCUAGAUUUGAGGCUGCAAUGAAAGGAAAGAAGUUUGGUCUGCGAUUCACAACAAUUCUUUUUACUGGACUGCCAGGAUCAGAUGUCCUUGCUUGCAAGCGAAUGAUUAUGGAUAAGAACUUUACACCUUUUGAAUCACCACACUCAUUGGAUCCCAUUCCUAGAACAACAACUAACCUAGAAUUUAGUUAUUAUACCGUCAGUGGUGAAAAUAUUAAACCUUUACAUGAUCACGAUUUUGAUAUGGUAUUUGCUCGUAAUGCUGCAGUACAGACUCCAAAGGGAGCUGAACAUGACCAGUCAGAUGAACAUUCUAUACAACAAGCACCUAAAGAGGUCUCAAAUGAAAACCCUGAAACAAGUCCAAGAAAUCAAAGUAAGCAAGGAAAAGAAGAUCAAUCUGUUGAUGAAAAGUUUGAAGAGCCAAAAUAUGCAUUUACUACAGAUUCACGACAUAAUUUAACUUCCAAUCCGAUUCUAGCCUAUCAGCCAAUACCUAAAGAAAGUAUAUUAAAAUGUGUCUCUUCUGAGAACAUUUUGCGACUGAUGAUCAAUUGUGAUCAAUCAACAACAGAUCUUGACAUAAUUAAUUGCAUAUGCUGCUCUGAUGUUUGGUUAUUGGAUGUGCUCCCGAUUUUCCUUAAAGGCAUCACUAUAGGCAUUAACUGUAUGAGUUUGAGCCAAGAUCUCGAAGAAAAAAUAUUUCUUCAGAGAAUGUCAGUUCACGGAAAUAAAAUACAAAGAUAUCUCACUAGUAAGCAACUAAUAAAAGACAUCAGUGUGCUAGCAACAAAAUUGAUGGUCGUUGGAAAGCAUGCAGAAUUUGAAUCGAUUGAAACUAACGAGAAAAAGAGUGAGAUUCUUUUUAAGGAUAAUGAACAGGCAAAGUUAAUUACUGAUGAGGAUGGAAAACAAGCAGUAUUUGAAGUAGGCAAAUCAAUUAGGGAGAUAGAAAACAUUGAACAGCACCUAGUAUCAUCGUUGACCUUAAGUGAUGUGAAGCACGUCUCUCUAUCCUGGCACAUGCUUGGUCACGCUAUCAAGAAAGUUAUGCGUCACAACAAUCGGAGGUUUAUUAGCAAGCAAGAAGUAUUAAUUAUUUCCACAGAAUUUAGACUGUCAACUAAUGAUCUUGAAAUUGCCUUACUUAACUUGCAUAUAAGUGGCUUGAUUCUUUAUUUUGGCAAUGUCCUUCCAAAUGUGAUAUUUAAAGAUUCGACCGUAUUGAUUGAAUUGAUUGCACAGAUAAACCUUUAUGCCAUGCAACAUAACGAUGGAGCUGCUAUUAUUCCUAUCACUGCAUUUGAAGUUUGUGAAGACGUAUAUGCUGGAGGAUUGUUCACAAGUAAAGAUGCAAUAUCCCUCUUCAAAGAUUUAUAUAUAUUAAUGGAGCUGGGAAAGUCAUUAUUCUUGAUGCCAUGCUUACUGAGGGAAGAAGCCGAUCUUGAAACUUUCAGCUUUUUUUUAGGUGUGAGUCAAACCAAAGUUGCUCCACUUGUGCUUCAGUAUUCUGUUGCUCGUGGCUUUUUUGAGUACAUAAUAUGUUACUUAUGCUCAGUGUACAAUGGUGACCCAUGGCCUUGGAAAAUCGUUGAUCAAAGUCAAGUUUUCAAGAAUCGUGUACAAUUUGUUUUACGCGGAGUUAAUACUCUCAUUACUUUGUAUAGAAAUGAAAAUGCUGAAGUGAACGCUUAUGUCAAUUCAAUAGAAGAUCAUGAGCUUCUACCAUGUAUCAGAAAAGCACUAGUUAAUGGUUUAAACAAAGCCGCGGAAGCAUAUCACAUUUCUGGUCAAGCUCUUCCUGUUGUGGGGUUUCACUGUACAUGUGGUCAGGUUGACCAAACACACAUGAUUGUGCCUAGCACAGAGGGUCACUGGAGAUGUUCUGCUAUGAAUAAAAUAAUUGCACUUUCUUCUGCUCAAAUCGUCUGGUUUACCAAGAUACAUAAUGGUGCUGAUGAAGUUACCGUUCACAAUGUGUUUGCUCAGCUCAUUCCAUGGUCCUAUUCGUGGUACAGAGUAGGAAUGCUCUUCAACUUGGAGAGUGAUGUGCUGGAAACCAUAAUAGUACAGUGCCGCCAAGACACAGAUACAGCACUAAUGGAAGUGAUCAAAAAAUGGUUCCACACUCAUCACAACCCUAGCUGGGAGGAGGUUCAACAAAUCUUUUCGUAUAUGAAAGAACAAAUUAUAAUCCGAAGUGCAGAUGCAUCAUUAAUUGAGCAAAGGUAUUUAGUGACUGAAGAUGUCUUUAAAGAGUACCCGAACUUUAUUCUCUACGUUAGCAUGUCAACACUGCUUCCAUACUUGCUAAAAUGUCAUCUGGUACUAAUGGCUGACAUCGAUUCCAUAUUAUCACCUUAUCUUGACAAUUCAGCCAAAAUAACGAAUCUUUUCAAUCUAACAAAAAAAAAUGGAGGUGAAAAUGGUUUUCGCCUGCUCUACUAUUGCUUGCUUGAGUCCAGUGAGAAUCACGCAGGACAUAAGCGAAUCGUUGAAGAGCUUAAGAGAUGUGUACCCUCCCCCCUCUCAAUCACAGGGCUUGGUUCCUCUCAAAUAAGGUCCCCUGAAUGUGACCCUGUAGAGUCAUUGGAUGCCCUCAUCAGGGAAAUUUCUGACCACAUUGGACAUGGAUGGAUGGUCCUGGCUAGAAGUCUUCAAUUCACACAAACUGACAUUGAUUCAAUUGAAUAUGCUAACGGGCGAGAUCUCAAAGAGCAAAUUCAUCAGUUUUUUUACCAGUGGAAGCGAAGAGAUGGACAAGAAGCGACUCGAGACAUGCUCUAUGCUGCCUUGUACGACAGUGAAUUAAAUGAGCUCCUGAAAAAACUUGACAAGACAGAUGUUAAAAAAAGUGACCCACUUCCUUACGUCCCUCCUACCUCACCACGUCUCCCUAAUAGGCUAGCCCCAGAGAGUGAUCGUGAAUUUGUGAGGAGAAACCGAUUUGAAAGGCUGGCUCCCGCGGCCCCUUCUCCUAGUUUGAUACCUGCAAGCCUCCAGGAAAAUGCUGCCACACCUACUCGCCCCCUGAGGAUUCCUGGGAGAUCACCGUCUGUUUGUCCGUUCGAGCUAGAUGAUAUGGUGAUGGUGGAGAGACGUGACGCUGCAGCUUGGUGCGGAGUGGUGAGGUGGAUUGGAGAACUUCCUGAGACACUAGGGCAACCUGUGGCUGGAAUUGAAAUGGAAAAUGAGGUACCUGGCGGUGGAGAUGGGAGUAAGGAUGAUGUGAAAUAUUUCUACUGUGCCAAUGGACGUGGAGUCUUUCUACCUGUUCGAAUGCUCAAAAAGGACAACCGAUUUGAUAACAUCGAUAGUUCAUCAUCGAAUUCCCCUCCUCCCAAUCAAGGAAACCCUGAGCCUCAGAGUAAUGCAGCCUCCUCUGAAAGUGCUUUGAAUGAUUUUCGAUCCCAUCCUUUUGCUGCUGAUUGGUGGUCGCCUGAAGAAGUUCUCAAGCAGGGCGGACUGAACAUAUCUCCAAAUGUAUCUAGUGAUCUCGAGACGAACUUCUCUGAGGGUGAAGAACGAGUGCUAGUGUUCACUGUCCCCACUGAUCACACUGGCAUCAUUAUCGGACGAGAAGGAAGAAACAUUCAAGCUGUCGAAAGGGAAACGAACACCAUAAUCAAGAUAGAGAAAGACUAUGGUGGAUUGGGUGGUGUCAAGAGAGGAGUGAUUCGUGGCAGUGAAGAGAACCGGAAAAGAGCACUACAGAUGAUUCUGGACCGACUCAAGAAGCAAGUGUACCAGCGUACUGCCAAGGCCGAAACAAUUCAAAUUCCCAAUAACAAAGUUGGUCUAAUCAUAGGAACCAAGGGUCAAACUAUCAAUGCAAUCAGGAGCCUCUCUGGUGCCAACAUCGAUAUCAAAGAUGGACCUACAGGACUGGAGUCAUUUUCUUUAUUUGGACCCCAAACUCGAGAUUGUACGAUAACUGGCUCAGAAGAAGACGUUGAGAAAGCAAAGAAACUCAUUCGAAUGGCAGAGAAUGGCGGGAACAUUGUCGUAGGAGCUACAUUGGAAGCGCUCAUAGCAGACCUAGCCUCUCUGCAGGUGACAGUGGAGGAACGCAAUAACAAUUAACUCUUGUUUGUUUUAUUAGUAUAAUUAUUUUCUCAGUUGCAUGUUUGUGUCAGUUUUAAAGUAUUUUUGUAUAUAUAGCACAUAGACCUAUAAUUAUCAGUCAUUGUACGUACAACUGCAUAAAAUAUCUUUA